GAAACAAAUGCAAACCGCCGUGAUGUCGAACAUGGACAAGGCGCCACCAGAGAUGCAAGAGCAGCAGAAGAUGCUCUUAAACAUGCAGCAGCAGUUCGAGUCAACGCUCAUGUCGAAGAUGGGCAUGGAGUCCGGUGGCUCUGCGCCUUCGGACAUGCCCAUGUUCCCACCACCUGGAAUGGGUGGCGGGUGCGGCGGGUGCGGAGGCUGUGGCGGGCCCUGUGGACCGCCAGGAGGUUGCGGAGGCUGCGGCGGCUGCGGUGGGUGCGGUGGUCCGCCCGGCGGCUGUGGAGGGUGCGGAGGGUGUGGUGGGCCGUGUGGCCCGCCGGGCGGCUGUGGGGGCUGCGGUGGACCGUGUGGACCACCUGGUGGCUGUGGAGGUUGCGGCGGCUGCGGCGGCUGCGGUGACAAGCCUCGGCAGGACGGUGGCAAGUCUUCGUUGCCUGCUGCCUUGGCAAACAAGCAGAAGAUGGAUGCCUCCAGCAACUUAAUGAGCGUCGCCUCUUCCGCGUCAGCCAAUGCCCCAAAUGCGAUGAUGCCUUCAAGCAUGGGGCUGCCCGCCGCCCAGGCCAUGGCAGCUGCUGGAGCUACUCCGGAGAUGCUUCAGAUGAUGCAGCAGAUGAUGGGUAUGAACUCAGGUGGCUAUGUCGACCCUUCGCAGAAAGGCGCCGUGGAGGCGCAACAGGAGGCUUUGGCCAAUGCAGCGAGGGAGCUGCAGGCUGCACAGGAAGCUGCAGCAGCGCAGCAAGCUGCCGAGAGCCUAGCCUUGGAAUCCAUGUCACCAGAGCAACGAGAUGCUGUGUUGGCUGCCAUGUCUGCUGCCAGCGAGGCCCAGCAGGCUCAGCAGUCCCAGUUCUAUGAGGCCAUGAAAGCUCACGAGAUGGAGAAGCUGCAGAAGAGCGGCUACUACCAGAGCAACCAGCCUGAGCGGUUCAAGGACGGCUACCGACCGCCUGGGGCUCAGCUGCGCAUGUGCAAGCACUACAAGACGGACCAGUGCUGGCGAGGGCAAGAGUGCACCUACGCUCACAGCCUCGAGGAACUUCAUCCGGCCUCGCCGGACCUCCCGCGGGUGGAGGUGAAGGAAACGAAUGCCUUGGCCGAGCAGCAGAAGGUGGAAGACAGCGCCCCGGAUGUCCGACUGAAGAAGAAGAAGGAGCUGUGCAACAAGUGGAAGAAUGGUCAAGAUUGCGUGCUCGGAAGAGCUUGUCCCUAUGCUCACGGAGAGAAGGAGCUGGGAACAGUGGAGCUUGUGGUCUGUGGGCGCGUGAAGACAAGAAUCUGCAAGUUCUGGACGACGGGAAGCUGCAUGUUCCUCGGCAAUUGCGUCAACGCGCAUGGCGAGAAGGAGCUCGGCACGAAGAGGCCUGACUUCAUGACGCCUCCCAUGAAGAAGCGAAGGGAAGGAGAGUCCAUUGACGAGUUCCGAGAGCAAGUCAUCGCCAAAAAGGGCGGCAAGGGCAAGGGAAGGCGAGUGGGCAUUCUGACAAAUUACGUCCAGGUGCCCACCACGGAUGCGGAAACCUACUUAG